AACAUCUUGCUGUUUGAUAGUUUGAUAAAAGUCGAAAGGCAGCCAUGGCAGCAAAUCCCAAUCCUCCUCAUCUUCUUUCCCUUCACCUUCUCUUGCUCUCCACACUUUCAUUACAGAUUACAGCAUCACCAGCAACACAAGCAGAAGCUCUUGUCAAAUGGAAAAACAGCCUCUCCCCUCUUCCCCCUCUUCUCACUUCAUGGUCCCUCGCCAACCUCAACAACCUUUGCAACUGGACAAGCAUUGCCUGCGACGACUCAACCGGAACAGUCUCCGAGAUAGACCUCUCAGGUGCCAAGCUCAACGGAACACUGGCCCACUUCAACUUCACUCCGUUCCUUAAUCUCACCCGCUUCGACCUCAGCCACAACAAUCUCAGUGGACCAAUACCUUCGGAGAUAGGCCGGCUAACGGAGCUUCAGUAUGUAAGUCUUCUCGACAACCUUCUCGAUGGGACAAUCCCAUAUCAGAUUAGCAAUCUUCAAAAGGCAUGGUACUUAGACCUUGGAUCAAACAACUUAGUAAAUCCUGAUUGGUCUAAGUUUUCUGCCAUGCCAUUGUUGACCCAUCUUGGAAUCAAUUCCAGUAAACUCGCUUCAGGGUUCCCAGGAUUUAUACUUGAUUGUAAGAACUUGACGUCCUUGGAUUUGUCCCUGAAUCAGUUGACCGGACCAAUACCAGAAUCUGUAUUUACCAAUCUGGGCAAUCUUGAAUACCUUGAUCUUUUUGAAAAUUUAUUCCAAGGACCAUUGUCACCAAACAUUUCCCACCUUUCCAAGCUCAAACAUCUUCUUCUAGGAAAAAACAAUUUCAGUGGUCUAAUUCCUUCUUCAAUAGGCCAGCUCAAGGAGCUCGGGAUACUCGAUCUUAGUACGAAUAGCUUGAAUUCUACAAUUCCUUCUGAGCUUGGGUUUUGUACAAAUCUCACCUUCUUGUCCCUGGCUCAAAAUUCAUUCACUGGGGAAUUGCCUUUGUCCUUGACCAACCUGACUAAAAUUACACAUUUGAGUUUAUCUAGCAAAUCCCUCUCUGGUGUGAUCUCACCGUAUUUUUUCUCCAAUUGGACCGAGUUAACCUCUUUGGAACUUGUGGAGAAUCAUUUCACUGGAGAAAUUCCGCCGGAAAUAGGCCUAUUGACAAAGCUCCAAUAUCUUUCUGUGUUUAAAAAUCAGUUCUCUGGCUCAAUUCCAUCCGAGAUUGGGAACUUGAAAGAUUUGCUGGCAUUAGACCUUUCACAAAACCACCUCUCUGGUCCAAUUCCUCUGACAGUUGGGAACCUCACAAACCUUACAGUCUUAAAACUUUACUCCAAUAAUCUCACUGGCACAAUCCCAUCGGAGAUUGGAAAUAUGACAUCGCUGCAGACUCUUGAUCUCAACACUAACCAACUCUAUGGGGAGUUGCCGGACACCAUUUCUCGCCUCACUAAUUUGGUGGUAAUCUCUCUUUUCACCAAUAACUUCUCGGGCACUAUUCCGAGUGACUUUGGGAAGUAUAGUAAUCUGAGCAGCGUUGGCUUUUCCAACAACAAUUUCUCUGGAGAAUUGCCACCUGAAUUAUGCAGCAGCUUUGGUCUUCAGCAUUUCACAGUGACUAGCAACAACUUCACAGGGCCAUUGCCAGAGUGCUUGAGAAAUUGCGAUCAACUACAAAGGGUGCGGUUUGAUGGGAACCGAUUCAAUGGAAACAUUACAAAUGCUUUUGGAUUUCAUCAAAAUCUUAGUGUCAUUUAUCUUAGUCACAAUCAAUUUGUUGGUGAAAUCUCACCGGCAUGGGGAGAAUGUGAAUCUCUCACCAAUUUGCAGAUGGAUAGAAACAGAAUUUCUGGAAAAAUCCCAGUAGAGCUUGGAAAGUUGACUCAACUGCAGGAUUUGAAUCUGGACUCCAACGAAUUGUCCGGGGAAAUUCCAACUGUACUUGGAAAUCUAAGCCUGCUGUACAAGCUCAAUCUGGGCAGGAACCAUUUGACAGGAGAGAUUCCUCAGAGUCUAGGCAAUUUGAGUGAACUUAGCAAUCUUGAUUUGUCUAGAAACAGUUUGACUGGGAACAUACCAAAAGAACUUGGGAAUUGUGGUAAAUUAUUGUCCUUGGACUUGAGCAACAACAACCUGUCAGGGGUAAUACCAUCCGAGCUUGGUAACUUAGUCGCGUUGCAGUCAUUGUUGGACCUCAGCAGCAAUCGACUCUCAGGAAAUAUUCCUCAAAACCUUGCAAAGCUUUCAUCAUUGGAGAGUCUUAAUGUGUCACAUAACCAACUUUCAGGGGAAAUCCCAUCAUCGUUUACCGGCAUGGUUAGUCUACGCAAUACCUCCAUUGAUUUUUCAUACAACAAUUUAACAGGUUCGAUCCCAACUAGUCCAGUUUUCAAAGAUGCACCUGCGAAAGCUUAUGUUGAAAACUCAGGUUUGUGUGGAGAUGCAGAAGGACUAUCUCCUUGUUACACAGAUUCCAGAAAGAAAAAACAUUCUAAUACAACUCUAAUAGUUGUCCUCGUUCCUAUCUGUGGCCUAUUGCUGCUUGCAAUCAUUGUUGCUGGACUCAUAAUAUGUUAUCGGAGGACAAAACCCCUCGAUGAAGAAAGCAGAACAAUUGGAGAGUAUGAUGAGAAGGCUGAGUCACUAAUAUGGGAAAGAGAAGGUAAAUUCACAUUCGGGGAUCUCGUGAAGGCCACAGAAAACUUCCAUGAGAAGUACUGCAUUGGAAAAGGAGGAUUUGGAAGCGUUUACAAAGCGGCAUUGACAACAGGUCAGAUUGUUGCAGUUAAAAGACUUAACAUGUCAGACUCCAGUGACAUCCCAGUAGCCAGUCGCAAGAGUUUUGAGAAUGAGAUUCGUGUGUUGACAGAAGUCAGGCACCGCAAUAUCAUUAGGCUUUAUGGGUUCUGUUCCAUUAAGGGGUGCAUGUACUUGGUUUAUGAAUAUGUGGAGAGAGGCAGUUUGAGAAAUGUAUUGUAUGGGGUGGGAGGGAAAGCAGAACUAGACUGGGGUAGAAGGGUGAAAAUUGUGCAAGGUGUGGCUCAUGCAAUUGCUUACUUGCACCAUGAUUGCUCUCUUCAAAUUGUGCAUCGAGACAUAACUAUGAACAACAUAUUGCUGGAGUCAGAGUUUGAACCCCGACUCUCGGAUUUUGGCACUGCAAGAUUGAUGAGUUCAGAUACAACUAACUGGACAACAAUUGCUGGGUCUUAUGGCUACAUGGCUCCGGAGCUUGCAUUCACGAUGCGAGUAACAGAUAAAUGCGACGUCUAUAGCUUUGGAGUGGUGGCAUUAGAAAUUAUGAUGGGAAGGCACCCAAGGGAGCUCCUAUCUUCUCUGUCAUCAUCCAAAUCAACAACAAUAAUGCCAGUUUCCGACACUGUAGAAUUUUUUCUAAAGGAUGUGCUAGACCAAGGACUCCCACAACCCACAGGCCAAAUGGCGCAGGAGGUGGCAUUUGUGGUGGCUGUAGCCUUACAAUGCGUGGAUGACAAGCUAGAGUCACGACCCACCAUGCGUUUUGUGGCACAAGAAUUGUCAGCUCGAACCCAAGCUUGUAAUUCGUACCCAAUGGACACGAUGACCAUUAGCAACCUCAAAAGCCUUCAGAAAUAGAAUAAAUUGGCAUUCGUGUAGCAUCUAGUAAAUGAAAAUGUUGGACCAUGAGGCCCCAUGUAUACUAAUAUAAUCUUUUGUAUUUCUGAAUAA